AUGCAUGGGGUGAAAGGCACAUGCUUAUCUGUCGAAGUGAUAAAAGGGUUUGAUGGCGCCAGUGAUAGCGCGCAGCAGCCGUGCUCUGCCGCUCCUUACGCAGCUAACGUUAGCUCCAUGCUCGUCAUGAAGGGGUUGGUGCUGUCGCCAUCCCCGGCGUAUCCUCCGCGCACCCGCCGGCCCACAAACAACACCGAUGACAAGAUCUCUGGCAGUGAUCAUGGAUCUUUAUCCUCCGUGGCUACCAUUGCUGCUGAUGGUUUAGAUGGUGACCAUAGACCAACAAGCAAAGUGGCUUAUAAUUCAGCCUCUUCAUCAAAAACCUUUUCUUCUCGGAGCAUCCAUUCUGCUGCCCGUGAAAGCCAGCACCUCCCUUCUCCUAUCAAAAGGGCUAAAUAUGUGUCUGAACUGCUGCAUCUGGAUACAGCACCCACAAAGGCCACAAAGACCUAUUCUGUUGCAUCUGGAGAAUCUGCUUCCUUCUCAGCACAUCAUGGCAGCCCAGCGACCUUAUCCACCCCGGCAGACCGCUCCGAGAGCACCAGUGGGACAUCUGAUGCUCCAGAGAAGGUUGGCAUAAGUGGGGUAGAAUCCAAUAAUCUACCACAGAAAAACGGGCCGUCGGCAGGGAUGGAAGGAAGAACGGACGCCAAGCCCAGUUCUAGUGGCAGCGAUGGACAAUAUUCCCGAGACAGAGACAGGCUGCACACUGACUGGACAAACUACAGGGGCCGGAGCCCAGAUCUGGAGAUUGACGGUGAUUGGCACCGGUACAGACGGGACUACAGAGAUCGUCGGCACAAUCAUCGCUUGCACAGUAAACAUUUGUCUCCUCACGAUCGUCAUAACAGAGACUGGGACUCUGAGCGUCGCUAUGAGCGAACAGUCCACCACCCCAGGGAGAGCUACCGCGACAGGUCCUCUCACCAUGACCACCGCCACCGAUCCAGAGAUGAUACGGACUUUGAGCGGACUGGAGACGGUCGCUCCAACCGUGAAGAGUUUCGUAUUCGCUGGAGGUGGCCGCAGGAGAGUCGGGAAUCCCGGGUAACCGGGGAAAAGAGAAACGCCAGGGAGAGGAACUCUUACCCUUCAAAAAAGGAGACUUCCCUUCUUGCCACAGUGUCAGAUACAUCAGCGAUGUACAAAGGCUCCCCACCUCAGCAUCCUCUCUCCAUAUCGAGAUCAGCUCCAAACACAGACGUUCAAAAUCCCUAG